CUUUUGGGAGUUUGAGGAACACAAGAUACCUCUAAGGAAUCUCAAGUUGUACUUGACUUGCCAGCUCACGAUUCUGUACCCAAACUACUUCUCUGUUGCUUUCGAAGUCUUUAUCUCGCCCCCUAUUCACCUCCUCCAGCCUCUCUCCCCCCACUCACCAGAUUCCCUUCUCCAACGGUUCGGUAGUACAUAUCCCGGCAGCUCUCCCCGCAUUGCAACCUUCCAAGUUUGGACCAGAUCGAUACUGCGUAUCUUAAACAUUAACCCCCCCUCUCCGGUUUACUCGAUCUUCACCUAUCCUGUCUCAUACCUCCCCUUAUACCUACCUGCUUUAUCCUAUCUCUUUUCUCUUCCUCUUUGGCCCUUGACUUCUGAGUGUCUUCCCUCUAUCACCCUACUACUUUCGCCGAGGGUCUCACACACAUCACCAACCAACCUCAACAAGUCGACCGGCCUUAACAACAACAACCAACCAUGGCCACCAACACCUAUCCACCAGGUGAUGACCCCGAGGUCCUGGACGUCGAAUCCAAAGCCUCAGCCUACCACUCCGAAAAGGCCCCCUCAGCCUCCUCCGUCGGAGGCUCCUCCCCCAACGUGGCCGUCGUCACGGGCACCAAAACGGAGGAGCACGACGCCCGGCCCGAGGACUUCAACAUAUCGCCCGCCGAGGAGAAGCGCAUCAAGCGGCACAUCGACCGACGGCUGGUCAUGACCAUCGGUGCCAUGUACUGCGUGUCGCUGAUGGACCGCACCAACCUGGGGGCGGCCAACAUUGCGGGCAUGUCCAAGGAGCUGAAGCUGAUCGACAACCGGUACUCGAUCGUGUCGCUGGUGUUCUUUGUUACCUAUGUCCUGUUUCAGCCGCCUAGCACGGUCAUUUGCCGCAAGAUCGGGCCGAGGAUUCAUAUGUCCGUGUUGACGACGCUUUGGGGGAGUGUCAUGAUUGGUAUGGGGUUUGUGAAGAACUGGGGGCAGUUGGCGGCUUUGAGAGUGGUGUUGGGUGUUUUGGAGGCUGGUUUCUUCCCCUCCUGCGUCUACCUCCUUUCCACCUGGUACACGCGCUACGAAGUCGGCAAGCGCAACUCGGUCUUCUACCUAACCGGCUGCGUCGCUUCGGCCUUCGCCGGCAUUCUCGCCUACGGCCUGAUGCAGAUGGACGGGCUCGCCAACAUCACCGGCUGGCGGUGGAUCUUCAUCAUCGAGGGCGUCCUGACCUGUCUGCUGGGCAUCGCCGGCUACUGGCUUCUGGUCGACUUCCCCGACUCGUCUCGCAAGACCUGGGCCUUCCUCUCCGCCCGCGACCGCGAGUGGGUGUGCGCGCGCGUGCAGGCCGACCGCGGCGACGUGGUCCCCCAAAAAUUCGUCGUCAGCAAGUACCUGUCCUCCGGUAAGGACUGGAAGGUGUGGGCGUACGCCAUGAUCUUCUUCAACACCACCACCAUCAGCUACGCCCUCUCCUUCUUCCUGCCGGUGAUCCUCAACACGGGCAUGGGCUUCAACAUUGCGCAGUCGCAGUGCCUGGUUGCUCCUCCUUAUGCGUUCGCGGGCUUCGUCAUGUUUGCCGGCGCGUACGUCGGCGACCGCUUCCACAUCCGCGGCCCCAUCGUCGCCUUCAACGCUCUGCUCGCCGUCAUCGGCGUGCCCAUCAUGGGCUUCGCUGCGAGCGCAAAGGUCCGCUAUUUCGGCGUGUUCCUGGUCACCGCCGGCGCCAACUCCAACGUGCCGGCAGCGAUGAGCUACCAGGCCAACAACAUCCGCGGACAGUGGAAGAGGGCGUUCUGCAGCGCGACUUUCGUGUCCUUUGGUGGUAUUGGCGGUAUCGCUGGUAGCUUGGUCUUCAGAGAGCAGGAUAAGCUGACGGGCUAUAAGCCGGGUCUGUAUGCGUGCAUUGCGACCAGUCUGUUGACUCUGGUGCUUGUCGCGUGCUUGACUGUCUCGUUCUGGAGGGAGAAUAAGAAGGCGGAGAGGGGUGAGAAGGAAUUGGAGGCUGAUGAUGACGAUGCCCAGCCUGGAUUCCGCUACACCUAUUAAGUUUGUGCUUCCUAGAUUUAAUGUUAGUAAUGAUAUGACUUGGACAGUUGGGUGGCUCAGAGAUGAUCAUGGGUUUGGAGUUUGGGUAAUGAAGUGUUUUACGAUCGGAAUGAGGUAGAUAGUCAUGGGUGAGGGUAUUCUGUUGAUAGUACAGAGAGAUGCACUCGACGCUACUAAGCGGUUAUUCCCCCUUUAUCAGGGGGCAAAUGAACAAGUACAUAACUUCAAGA